AUGUCUCUGACAUAUACGGUGGACGACUUUAUCUUCUCGUGGGACGAUGCAAACGACCCCCUGCCGUGCUGGCAGUGCCUUCUGGAGAUUGCGCAACCGAAUAUCUUCCUUUAUCAGGCCUCCUUCAAUAUCUGCGACGUCGCGUCUGGUCACCCUUAUCCGUGCAGCGAAUGCGUCCAGUAUCACCUACGGUGCCAGACAAUCCCAAUGGUUCUUCGUCCGGAAAUAUGGUAUUUGCUGUAUGGUAAUCACGCCUUCUCUGAUCAGCAGAUCCGUGAGAGGUUGUCGGAGAUUCUACAGCCUUAUCGGGAGCGUCAUCAACAGCUCGGGGAUGAUGAGGCCUAA